AUGCUGGCAGAGCUGGAGUUCUGUCUGCUGCUGGCAGUGACACUGCUGAGCCCAGUCCCCGGGGCCCAAGCCAUGGAAGGUGUCAAAUGUGGGGGUGUGCUCUCAGCACCUUCUGGAAACUUCUCCAGCCCCAACUUCCCCAGUCUCUACCCCUACAACACGGAGUGCAGCUGGCUGAUUGUGGUAGCUGAGGGCUCCUCAGUGCUGCUCACCUUCCACACCUUCGACCUGGAGUACCAUGACACCUGCAGCUUCGACUUCCUGGAGAUCUACAAUGGGGCCUCCGGGGACCAGGGCAACCUGCUGGGGAGGUUCUGCGGCCAGGUACCCCCACCGCCCUUUGCCUCCUCCUGGAACGUCAUGUCUGUGGUCUUCCACUCAGACAAGCACGUGGCCAGCAGAGGCUUUUCCGCGGGCUACCAGAAAGAUGCAUGUGGUGGCGUCCUGACGGGCCUGUCGGGGGUCCUCACCAGCCCCGAGCACCCCAACAACUACCCCAACAACGUGGAGUGUCGCUGGGUGAUCCGAGCCUCCGGCCCCGCCACCGUCAAGCUGGUCUUCGUGGACUUCCAGGUGGAGGGCAGUGAGCAGUGCACCUACGACUACGUGGCUGUGCUCGGGGGGCCCGGCCCCGCCCAUGGGCACCACUACUGCGGCAGCUCCAGGCCCCCCACGCUCGUGUCGCUGGGCCACGAGCUGCAGGUGGUCUUCAAGUCUGACUUUAACAUCGGGGGCCGGGGCUUCAAGGCCUACUACUUCUCAGGAGAAUGCCAGGAGGUAUACACAGCAGUGCGGGGCAACUUCUCCAGCCCACAGUACCCCAGCUCCUACCCCAACCACAUCCGGUGUCACUGGACCAUCCGCCUGCCUCUUGGCUACCGGGUCAAAGUGUUCUUCCUGGACCUGGAACUGGAGGGGCCCAACAGCCUGACCAAGACCUGUGACUUUGACCAUCUGGCAGCCUUCGACGGGGCCAGUGAGGAGGCGCCCCUGCUGGGCAGUUGGUGUGGCCAUCACCUGCCACCACCGGUCACCUCGAGCCACAACCAGCUCCUGCUUCUGCUGCACACAGACCGUAGCACCACCCGCAGGGGCUUCUCUGUGGCCUACAUUGGAGGUCAGCUGGGGUUGAGGAGACACCUCCCCGAUGGCUGUGGGAGCCCAGAUGCCUUUGGGAGCCCAGGGUCAGACACGGCACUAGUGCUGGGCCAGGCUCCAGAUGUGGCCCAGGCUGCAGUGGUCCCCAUGAACGUGAGUUGCUCCCGCACGGACUUCCAGAUCCUGAUCUCCGCGCAGGCACUGGCCCCUCUAGAACGGACCAAAGUCUACCUGGGCAGCCGGAGCUGUGCUGCUCAGGAAGUCGGCAGCAACUUCCGGAUCCAGGCCCGCUUUGACACCUGUGGCACCGAGUCUCAGAGAAGAAACAACACUUCAGUGAUCGUCAGUGUGCUGUACAUCGACUUCUCAGCUGGUGGGCAGGAGGAUAUCCACGAAUACGAGGUCCGCUGUGAGCCAAGGCGAAAGGAGGCCUCUGUCCACCUGCUGUCCGGCUCCCACUGGCUUGGGCCCUAUGCUGCCACGGCAGAGCACCUUCAGGAGGCACCACCCAGGGAUGAGGCAGAGGCACUGGAGGGCCCCGUGGCCAUGGUGGCCCAGGACACCAGUGACAUCGUCUUCCUGGGCCUUUGCAUCCUGGCUGGAGUCCUCAUGGUCAUUGCCAUAGUGGUUCUGAUGCUGCUGUAA